AUGCGCUGGUUACUCAACGUCUGUUCACAGAUGUGCAGGGAAGCUGGCAUUGAGUGCAGAGAGGUGUUGGGCUAUAGUAAAGGCCUUGGUUACGAGUACGGUCAUAGUUUCCGAAACGCUAAAUCUGACCACAGCUGGAAUGCAGUGAGUCUUGAUGGACAAUGGUACCUGUUGGACGCCUGCUGGGGAGCUGGAACUGUGGACAUAGACAAAAGAGCCUUUACAAAGAAAUAUAACGAGUUCUACUUCCUGACCGACCCGAGAUCUUCAUUACCAGACAUUAUCCUGAAGAGGAGAAGUGGCAGCUGUUAG